GGUUUUAGGUGGUCGUGCUAACCCAGGCUGUUGGGCCCGAUGGCUCAGAAACCGCUGCGCCUUUUGGCUUGUGGAGAUGUUGAAGGAAAGUUUGAUGUUUUAUUCAAUAGAGUUCGAGCAAUUCAGAAGAAAAGUGGAAACUUUGAUCUGCUGUUGUGUGUAGGAAAUUUCUUUGGUUCCACCCCAGAUGCUGAUUGGGAGGAGUAUAAGACUGGCAUCAAGAAAGCUCCUAUUCAAACAUAUGUGCUUGGUGCCAAUAACCAGGAAACAGUAAAACAUUUCCGAGAUGCUGAUGGGUGUGAAUUAGCUGAAAAUAUUACUUAUCUAGGUCGUAAAGGUAUCUUCACUGGAAGCUCGGGGCUGCAGAUUGUGUACCUCAGUGGGACAGAAUCCUUAAAUGAGCCAGUCCCAGGUUACAGUUUUAGUCCCAAGGAUGUGUCUUCCCUGAAAACAAUACUGUGUUCAGCAUCCCAGUUUAAGGGUGUUGAUAUCUUGCUCACAUCCCCAUGGCCCAAGUAUGUGGGGAACUUUGGGAAUUCUUCUGGAGAAGUGGAUACCAAAAAAUGUGGCUCUGCUUUGGUCUCCAGUCUUGCCACAGACUUGAAACCAAGAUAUCAUUUUGCUGCUUUGGAAAAGACCUAUUAUGAGAGGCUUCCAUAUCGAAACCACAUCGUUCUACAGGAAAAUGCACAGCAUGCCACCCGGUUCAUAGCUCUGGCAAAUGUUGGAAACCCAGAAAAGAAAAAGUAUCUUUAUGCAUUCAGUAUUGUUCCCAUGAAACUAAUGAAUGCAGCAGAACUUGUAAAACAGCCUCCAGAUGUCACUGAAAACCCUUACAGAAAAUUGGGGCAGGGAGUAUCCACAGGAAAGCAAAUUCCUGCCCCUGAGGAAGAAUCAACCUGUCAAUUUUUCUUUGAUUUAAAUGAAAAGCAGGGAAGGAAGCGUUCAUCCACAGGCAGAGAUAACAAAUUUUCUCCUCACCAAAAGCAGCCUCGCAAACCUCCUCAGCCUCCAGGACCCUGCUGGUUUUGCCUUGCCAGCCCUGAAGUGGAAAAACAUUUGGUGGUCAACAUUGGCACACAUUGCUAUCUUGCCCUGGCCAAGGGAGGCUUAUCCGAUGAUCAUGUCCUCAUCCUGCCCAUUGGACACUACCAGUCAGUGGUGGAGCUUUCAGCAGAAGUGGUGGAAGAGGUAGAGAAGUAUAAGGCUACACUGAGACAGUUCUUUAAGAGUCAAGGGAAACGAUGUGUUCUAUUUGAGAGAAAUUAUAAGAGCCAUCACCUCCAGCUACAGGUCAUUCCUGUGCCACUCAGCUGCUGCUCUACUGAUGACAUUAAAGAUGCCUUCAUUAUCCAGGCCCAGGAGCAACAGAUAGAGCUGCUGGAAAUCCCAGAGCAUUCUGACAUCAAGCAGAUUGCACAGCCAGGAGCAGCAUAUUUUUAUGUUGAACUUGACACAGGGGAGAAGCUUUUUCACAGAAUUAAAAAGAAUUUUCCUUUGCAGUUUGGAAGGGAGGUCCUGGCCAGUGAAGCCAUCCUUAAUAUUCCUGACAAGUCUGACUGGAGGCAGUGUCAGAUCAGCAAGGAAGAGGAGGAGACGCUGGCACGCCGUUUCCGGAAAGCCUUUGAGCCUUUUGACUUCACUUUGGAUGACUAAGCAAAAGGAAGGACACUUCAUGAAUUUCACAGGAAGUAGUAGCAGCCUGUUUUUAAAGAAACUACAGUCUCCCCAUAGGGACUGUUUCCUUGCCUCUUUUUUGUGCAUUCUCAUGGAACCUGCCUGCAGCAAGAGGCCUAGGAUUGAGUAUUUCUGGGGGAAAGUCAUUCUAGGUCAGAAAUACUAGGAUGUUAAAAAGCAUGUCUGUCAUCCAGCUCCAAGUGUAGCUUCUGUUUAUCAACAUUUUCAAAAACUUUUAAACUAUCAAAUAAAAUCCAAAUGCUUUUCCAUGGUU